ACAUUGUUUUUUACAACUUCUCUCAUUCUCGCCGAAUUCGCGUCUCGCCGUAUUUGAUGGAAAAAAAAUGUUGUUUACAUCGAAUUCGCUCAUUUUACGCGCAAAUUCGCUGUGUUUUUUGUUUUUACGCACUAGUACGGCGAAUUCGUAGACAUUUCAGUUGACAAGUGAGCCAGACAGAUAAAACUGUGUAAAAUUCAUUCGCACUGCGGAGAUUUUGUGAAAAUCCUAAUAUAAAUCUAAUUCUUAAUAAUAUACAUAUAUUGUGAAGUGUUUUUUUAAUAGAAAGCGUUUGCAAACAAACCGCUACAAGUUAUUUAAUACUUUACAAAACAUAUAGCAUGAAAUAAACGGUGUAGUAGUAAAUUUCAAUAUUCGCUCUUCUACUUAACCUCAAAUCAGCAUGUAUGUAUGAAGAACUCCAUGAGACACCACAUCUACCAUACGAUGCACCACUAAUUGGAAUUUAGGAAACACUUUGCCGGAAAAGUUAAUAGUUGUUUGAAUAAAGUUGUUUUUUACUCUAACGUCUGGUAGUAAUAAGUAGAGUUCCGUAAAAAUGUCUACUUCAGCGCUUGUGCAGCAAUUCGUUGCUGGCCUCAAGUCGCGUAAUCGCAAUACGCAGAAUAAGGCAGCACAAGAUUUGUUCAUGUACGUGAAAACGGAACUGCGUGAAAUGUCGCAGGAGGAUCUUGUAGCGUUCUUCGAUGAUUUCAACCAUCAAAUAUUCAGCAUGGUCAAUUCGGCCGACAUAAAUGACAAGAAAGGCGCUGUACUGGCAAUAAAAUGUCUAAUCAGUGGCGAUGUGGUAAAUACAAUGAAACGUAUUUCACCCUAUUACAAUCAUUUGCGUACGCUGUUACCAUCAAAUGAUACAACUGUAAUGGAGAUUGCCGCGCGUACUUUAGUAAAAUUGGCCAACUUGCCAGGAUCGAAGGGAGCAGAGUCAAUUGAUUUUGAUAUCAAACGUGCAUUUGAGAUGUUGAGCGGUGAUCGACAGGAGUAUCGUCGCCAUGCUGCAGUUUUUAUACUGCGUGAACUCGCUAUCGCCAUGCCCACAUAUUUUUAUCAACAAAUUUCCACAUUUUUUGAUAAUAUUUUUAACGCAAUAUUUGAUCCGAAAGCCGCGAUACGUGAGUCGGCUGGUGAAGCCUUACGUGCCGCACUUAUUGUAACUUCACAACGUGAAAGUACCAAACAAUCAACUGAGCCACAAUGGUAUAAAACUUGCUACCAAGAAGCGAGCGCUAGUUUUGUAGCCGAACCAACGGGUACAAAAGAUCAAAAAGGCAUGACACGUGAUGAUUGCAUACAUGGUGGUCUAAUAGUUUUAAAUGAACUCUUCCGAUGUUCACAUGCCGCUUGGGAGCGUCGUUAUGCUACAUUGAAAUCGCUGCUGCCCGAUGCACAGCAUAAUAAAUUUGGCGAAGUCAUCAACUCCAGCUCAGUUGGCAGUCAACUAACCACUUUAGUGCCUCGCUUGAAAGCACCUUUUAUAAGUAAGCUAGGUUCAACACACAUGCAUUUGGAUCACGAUGCACAACAUGGAGGCACACAUAAAUUCUCAUCGGCCACCGUGCUGGAGUCUGCAUAUUCACGUGAGAUACUCACAGAAAAUUACAUUAACAUUUGCGAUAAUGUGCUUGAACAGCGCACCUCCAAGUCACCGUAUGUACAGCAAGCGCUCUUACAUAUACUACCACGUCUGGCGGCCUUCAAUCGUGAAGUAUUCGUACAACGGUACUUGCAAGAAUGUGUUAAUCAUUUGCUCAGCAUUGUGCCACGCAAAGAGAAGGAUCGUAAUAUUGCAUACGUAACUAUUGGUUACAUCGCUGUAGCCGUGGAGCGUGACAUUGACAAGCAUUUGCGAACAAUUAUGUGCGCCAUCAAAAUAGCUUUACCGCCAAAAAUCACGCCUAGCAAACGUAAGGCUGCAAUUGAUCCAGCAAUUUUCCAUUGUAUAACAUUGUUGGCGCACGCCGUCAAAUCGGGCAUAACAGAGGAUGUACGUAAUAUACUCGAACAAAUGUUCUUUAGUGGUCUCUCGCCCGCAUUAACCGUUUGCCUACGUGAGUUGGCCGAAAAUGUGCCACAUUUGAAGUCGGCCAUUGCUGAAGGGCUCAUACGUGUGCUCUCACAAGUACUUAUGAAUAAACCACUGGCCAUACCCUAUCAAACGCUCGCCACCAUACCAUUAGAUCCUUCGCUUAAUCUGCAACAUGAUGUACCCACUGUGGUGUUGGCGCUUAAAACACUCGGCAGUUUCAAUUUCGAAGAGCAAAACAUGUUGGAUUUUGUACAACGCUGUGCCGAUCAUUUCAUUAAUCACGAUCAGCAGGAGAUCCGCUUAGAGGCUGUACAGACGUGUACACGUCUACUCAAACUCGCCGUACAAUCAGCUGACAGCACAGAGAGUUCGAAUACACUGAGUGAAACGGUGUCGCAUGUCAUUGAACGCCUGCUAAUUGUCGCCAUUACAGAUAUGGAUUGUAAUGUGCGCAUACGCAUAUUGCGUUCGUUGGAUGAAACUUUUGACGCUGAAUUGGCGCAACCCGAAUCGCUUAGUGCCCUCUUUAUAACGCUAAAUGAUGAGAUUUUCGAAAUACGUGAAUUGGCUAUGGUCACGGUGGGACGGCUGUCUGCCAUGAAUCCGGCCUAUGUUAUGCCGAAACUGCGUAAAAUUAUGAUACAACUGUUGACUGAAUUGGAGCACUCCGGCAUGAGUCGUAAUAAGGAACAGAGCGCAAGGAUGCUGGAUCAUUUGAUAAUCAGUACACCAAGAUUGAUUUCUUCCUAUAUGCAUCCCAUACUCACCAUAUUGGUGCCCAAGUUACGUGAAGCCGAUCCUAACCCCGGCGUAAUAUUAAAUGUUUUGCGCGCGAUCGGUGACUUAGCCGAAGUGAAUGGCGGUUCCAAUGAAAUGGAAAUGUGGGCCGACGAUUUAUUGUCCAUACUGCUGGAGAUGCUUGGCGAUGCUGGUAGUCCGGAGAAACGUGGUGUGGCCUUGUGGACACUCGGCCAAUUGAUAAGCGCUACUGGACGUGUAGUGACACCCUAUCACAAGUACCCCGGCCUAAUUGAUAUACUUAUAAAUUUUUUGAAAACCGAACAACGUCGUUCCAUACGUCGUGAGACAAUACGUGUACUCGGUUUGUUGGGCGCCAUGGAUCCAUAUAAACAUAAAAUGAAUAAGGGUCUAAUUGAUAGUCAAAAGGAUAGUGUGCUCAUUUCGUUGAGUGAUUUCAAAAUGGAUGAGAACCAGGAUAUUUCAACUGCCGAAUUAUUGGUGAACAUGAGUAAUGUGCUGGAUGAAUACUAUCCAGCCGUAGCUAUUGCCGCGCUGAUGCGCAUAUUGCGCGAUCCAACACUCAGCAGUCGGCACACCAGCGUUGUGCAGGCCAUUACUUUCAUAUUUAAGAGUCUAGGUAUUAAGUGUGUGCCCUAUCUGGCACAAGUGUUGCCCAGUUUGUUGGAGAAUGUACGUACGGCCGAUAUAAAUUUGCGUGAAUUUCUCUUCCAACAGCUGGCCAUAUUGGUGCAGAUUGUUAAACAGCACAUUAUCAGCUAUAUGAGUGAUAUUUUUAAGCUCAUCAAAGAGUUCUGGACGAUCUAUACAACGCUACAGUUGACGCUGAUCAACUUGAUUGAGCAAAUCGCAUUGGCUUUGGGCUGUGAAUUUCGCAAUUAUCUCUCAGAAUUAAUACCACAAAUACUGCGUGUGCUGCAGCACGACACCUCCAAAGAUCGUGUGGUCACCAAACGUUUGCUACAGGCUUUGCAAAAGUUUGGCAACACUUUGGAUGAUUAUCUGCAUUUGAUCGUGCCGCCAAUUGUGAAGCUCUUCGAUGCGCCUUACGUGCCGCAACAAGUCUCGCUUGUGGCCUUAGAGACCAUCGAUCAUCUCGCAUGGAUACUUGACUUUACAGACUUCUCAUCACGUAUCAUACAUCCAUUGGUGCGCGUGCUAGAGUCCGAUCAGGAGUUGCGCGAACAAGCCAUGUCCACACUUUGCUCCGUCGUCAUACAAUUGGGUAAAAAGUAUCUGGUUUUUGUGCCAUUGGUCGAACGCACCAUCACCAAGCAUCGCAUUGUCGACUCGAAAUAUGAGAAACUAUUGACGAAAAUACAAAGUAACACCACUAUGUGCCUGGACGAUGAGUUCCACAUGCGACAGACUAAAUUUAAAUCCACCGAAUUAGUUGCGCCCAAUAGUGGCGGCAAUUUCGCUACCAAACGUCUCAUUGUUUCUGUGAGUAAUUUACGCGCUGCAUGGCAGGUGACACGUCGUGUGUCCAAGGAUGAUUGGGUUGAGUGGUUGAAACGUCUAUCAAUCGGUUUGUUAAAGGAAUCACGUUCGCAGGCGUUGCGCGCUUGUCAUGUGCUCGCCCAAGAUUAUGACAAACUACUGCGUGAUCUAUUCAAUGCGGCUUUUAUUUCCUGUUGGACGGAACUGCCGCCGGAACCUAAGAACGAACUCACACAAUCGCUCAUACAAGCGUUGCAAGUGACCGAUAUGCCGGAGAUUACACAAACCAUUUUGAAUUUAGCUGAAUUUAUGGAGCAUUGUGACACGGAUCCGAUACCAAUUGAAACCAAACUGCUGGGCACACGUGCUAUGGCGUGUCGCGCAUACGCAAAGGCUUUGCGUUACAAAGAAGAAGAAUUCCAAACGCACAAGGAUCCACAGGUGCUUGAAUCGCUGAUCCUCAUCAACAACAAAUUACAACAGAAGGAAGCUGCUGAAGGCCUACUAACCACCUAUCGCAACGCCAGCAAUGAGUUCAAAGUGCAAGGACGUUGGUAUGAAAAACUGCAUAACUGGGAGCAAGCACUGAAACACUAUUCGGGCAAUCUAAAAGAUAACAGCAACGAUUUGGAGGCACGUUUGGGACACAUGCGUUGCUUAGAGGCAUUAGGUGAGUGGUCGGAGUUGAGCUCUGUGGCGAAACAAGAGUGGGACAAUCUGGGUCGUGACGCCCGUUCACGUGCUGGUCCAUUGGCCGCAGUCGCCGCAUGGGGUCUGCAAGAUUGGGAGGCGAUGCAAGAGUAUGUACGCUGUAUACCGGAGGAGACACAAGACGGCAGUUUCUAUCGUGCCGUGCUCGCCGUACACAAUGAAGAUUUCGAGACGGCACAACGUUUAAUUGAUGGCACACGCGAUUUACUCGACACCGAACUCACCUCGAUGGCCGGUGAAUCGUACGAACGUGCCUAUGGCGCUAUGGUUUGUGUACAGAUGUUGGCCGAAUUGGAGGAGGUUAUACAAUAUAAACUGAUACCAGAACGACGCGAACCGUUGAAGAGUAUGUGGUGGAAACGUUUACAGGGCGGUCAACGUUUGGUCGAGGAUUGGCGACGCAUCAUACAGGUGCACUCAUUGGUUGUGCGUCCGCAAGAAGAUGUACACACUUGGUUGAAAUACGCCAGUCUAUGUCGCAAAUCUGGUUCAUUGCAUUUAUCGCAUAAAACACUCGUCAUGCUGCUAGGCACCGAUCCAUCCACACAACCCAAAGAGCAAUUGCCUUACAAUCAGCCACAAGUCACGUAUGCCUACACCAAACACAUGGCGGCUGCAGAGAAUAUGCAAGGCGCCUACGAGCAACUGAGUUGUUUUGUCAAUGCUUUCCAAGCUAAAUUAAAUUGCAUCAGUCCCGAGGAAGCUGCCAAGCAGGAUCAUCGCUUAUUGGCGCGCUGUUAUCUACGUCUCGGCAAGUGGCAGAACAAAUUGGAGAGCUCGUUAGAACCGGAAAUUGUGCAAGGCGCUUUAGAUUGUUUCGAGAAGGCGACUGAAAAUGAUCCCACCUGCUACAAGGCGUGGCAUCUGUGGGCGUACAUGAACUUCAAGGUGGUACAGGCGCAGAAGCAGCAACUCGACAAGUUACCACAUACGGCAACGAACGGCGAAAUAUUGCAGGACAAAGAGAAACUGAUCAUCGAGCACGCUGUGCAGGCAGUCGAUGGCUUCUUCCGUUCGAUAAGUCUUAUUAAAGGUAAUUCGUUACAAGACACGCUGCGUCUGCUAACGCUCUGGUUCGAUUACGGACAAUAUUCGGAAGUUUAUGAUGCCUUGUUAACCGGCAUGAAGACAAUAGAGAUCAACACUUGGCUGCAAGUGAUACCGCAGCUAAUAGCGCGCAUUGACACACAUCGCAAGCUGGUCAAUCAACUGAUACAUCAUCUGCUCAUUGACAUCGGCAAAUAUCAUCCACAAGCGUUGGUCUAUCCGCUUACAGUGGCUUCGAAAUCCGCAUCGGUGGCGCGCAAAAAUGCGGCCUUCAAGAUACUGGAAUCAAUGCGAAAACACUAUCCUACUCUCGUUCAACAGGCGAUGACGUGCAGCGAAGAGCUGAUACGUGUCGCCAUAUUAUGGCACGAACAGUGGCAUGAAGGACUUGAAGAGGCGUCGCGUCUUUACUUUGCCGAUCGCAAUGUGAAGGGAAUGUUUGAUAUAUUGGAGCCUUUGCAUGCGCUGCUUGCGCGUGGACCGCAGACAUUGAAGGAGACAUCAUUCUCACAAGCAUACGGUCGUGAGCUAACCGAAGCUUACGAAUGGACUCAGCGCUAUAAGACUUCAUCUUCAUUGAUGGACUUGGAUCAUGCUUGGGAUAUAUAUUAUCAUGUUUUCCAGAAGAUAUCACGUCAAUUGCCACAAUUAACCUCACUUGAGCUGCCCUACGUCUCACCCAAAUUGAUGACGUGCAAAAAUCUAGAACUGGCCGUACCCGGCUCCUACAAUCCCAAUCAGGAAUUAAUACGUAUCGAUCACAUCAAAACCAAUCUACAAGUGAUCACCUCGAAGCAGCGUCCACGCAAGCUGUGUUUGCGCGGUUCCAACGGUAAAGACUACAUGUAUUUACUGAAGGGACACGAAGAUUUACGUCAAGAUGAGCGUGUCAUGCAACUCUUCUCGCUCGUGAACACACUAUUACUCGACGAUCCAGACACUUUCCGCCGCAACUUGGCUAUACAACGUUAUGCCGUUAUACCGUUGAGCACCAAUUCGGGUCUGAUUGGUUGGGUGCCACACUGUGACACAUUGCACACACUCAUACGUGACUACCGUGACAAGCGAAAGAUGUUGCUUAAUCAGGAGCACCGGCUCAUGUUAGGCGUCUCACCCGAUUACGAUCAUUUGACAUUGAUGCAAAAGGUCGAGGUGUUCGAAUGCGCGUUGGCGCAAACACAGGGCGAUGAUUUAGCCAAAUUGCUGUGGCUAAAGUCACCGUCGUCGGAAGUGUGGUUUGAACGACGCACAAAUUAUACUCGUUCACUCGCCGUUAUGUCCAUGGUGGGCUAUAUACUCGGUCUGGGCGAUCGCCAUCCCUCCAAUUUGAUGUUGGAUCGCAUGAGUGGCAAAAUACUGCACAUCGAUUUCGGUGAUUGCUUUGAAGUGGCGAUGACACGUGAGAAAUUCCCCGAAAAGAUACCUUUCCGACUGACGCGCAUGCUAAUCAAAGCCAUGGAGGUAACCGGCAUUGAGGGUACCUACCGGCGCACCUGCGAAAGUGUCAUGUUGGUGUUGCGACGCAACAAAGACUCACUAAUGGCUGUGCUGGAGGCGUUCGUCUACGAUCCGCUGCUCAAUUGGCGUUUACUCGACAUGGACAAAAAUCAUCGCUCCAAAUCGAAUAACGAUCCGGGCGGUUCGGGUAUGGCAUUCGGUGGCGGAAAUGGCAGUCUCAGCAACUCGGUCGAAGAACCACUGCUGCACAGUCAACUGAUGAGCGCCAAUCACCUGAUGGGUGGUGCCCUUAUGGUCGCCGACAUAACGAACAGUAAGGCGAGCAAAGUCAUCAAACGUGUGCGUAGCAAAUUGAAUGGCACCGACUUCCAAACGCAGAAUAGUGUGGCGGUGCCACAACAAGUGGAUCUGCUCAUACAGCAGGCGACCAAUAAUGAAAAUCUAUGUCAAUGCUAUAUUGGCUGGUGUCCAUUCUGGUAAACUUGCGCACUAACACUAAUACUAAAGUUAAAAUAUUUAAGAAAUUUUGGGUGAAGAAAAUAAGUAGUCACAAUUGCAGCAAAGUGUUGCAUACUAUUUGGCGCAAUGUGUAAUUUACUGAAAAUUACAAGUCAUACGCUAGUAUGUUGCGUUUGCAAGUUUUUAGCUGCUUAAACGUCGCUCAAAGGUAUUAGCAUAAUUGAAAAUUUCCUUUUCCUUACAUUACUUAUUAUUAUAUACAUAUUUAUAUACGUUUUUGAG